CGGUCGACAAAGCCCCCUGCUCGGACCGAGCCCGCACGAGAGCCUCGCUUCCGGACUCCGCGGGGUGGGCGUAUGCGUGCCGUCGGCGAGUGCCUCCGCGCUCUACACCCCGGGUGAGGGGCGUUGAACGAGCCGCCGUUAUCGGCGUCUGAAGGGGCUUCAAAAGGCGAGCGUACCACCGACCGCGCCGCAGUAGUGUCCGACUCGCACCGACGACCCGCCAUGCCCGUCGACCUGUACUUCACCACCGGGAGUCCCCCCUGCACCUUCGUGCGGGUGCUGGCCAAGAAGCUGGGCGUCCCGCUCACGCCGCACAAGAUCGACCUCAUGGCCAAGGAGCAGCUGAAGCCGGAGUUCGUCAAGCUUAACCCUCAGCACACGGUGCCCACCAUCAACGACAACGGAUUCGUCCUGUGGGAAAGCCGGGCCAUCGCCAUGUACCUGCUGGACAAGUACGCCCCGGACAGUCCCCUAUACCCCAAGGACAUUCAGAAGCGGGCGCUCGUCAACCGCCUCGUCUUCUUCGAGUCCGGCUCCUUCUACCAGGCGCAGAUGGGAUACUUUAGGCCCCGGUGGUUCAAAGGCCAGGAGCCCGGCGGAGACCUGAAGGAGACAUACGACAAGGCCCUGGCCAACGCCGUCACGCUCUUGGGCGACAACCAGUUCCUCGCCGGAGACACCCUCACCCUGGCCGACGUGGGCCUCGUCUGCUCGCUCGGGAUCGCCAUCGAGGGUGCCGAGUACGAAGGCAUGGACCAGUUCCCCAAGCUGAUCGAGUACUACGGCCGCGUGAAGGCCGCCCUCCCAGAGUACGAUGAGGAAGCCGCCGAACCCGUGGGCCUCAUCCGCCAGAUGAUCGCCAGGGCCAAGAGCGGACAGAAGGUGCACGGUCCUCCGACGGACAGCAAAUGAGCUCCGGGGAGGUCGGCUGCACCAAGCGAGUGCUUCACGCUCAGGCGUACGCCUUCUCAUCAGCGUCUUCACUUAGUUUUCAAUCUUUUUUUUUGCAUGGAAAGGGGGGAGGGGGUGCUGUCGACGACGACGACGAGGAACAUACUGAUUUUAUUACUGAACCAAUAAACGCUGUCCUUUUGAAAAUGUUGCCUGUA